CUCCGUUGGCGGCGCAUCUAGCCUUGCACCGCACCGAACCUCCAUUGUACUGAACUUCUGUCGCACCGAACCUCCAUUAUUCAGGGACCAGUGCGCACACCUCCUCAUCCCUCUCAACAAGUGCCGCCAGGCCGAGCUCUACCUUCCAUGGAAGUGCGAGAACGAGCGUCACUCCUACGAGAAGUGCCAGUACGAGCUCCUCAUGGAGCGCAUGCUUCAGAUGCAGAAGAUCAAGUAACGAGCCUCCCUUAAUCACUCCCAAUCCAAGGGCGCCACCUUUCCCGUCAUCCCUAAAAUCGUCAAUGCCUGAUUCAUUCCAGCUUCUGAUUCAAAUUGUUCAGAGUGUGGAAGAAGAUGAUCUCCCAAAUCAUUUCCAUUGAUAACGUGUAAGGCAAGUUGUUGCCAUGUUUUAAAAGAGUUUUCAUCCAAUUUAUCUAACAUUGGUGUUGUAAAACUAGAAUUGGUUGUAGUGUUUGAUUGAUGAGGAAUAAGAGCACCAGCCAUGGAUUCUCAACUUGAAGCUUUGACACUAUGAAGAGAUUCUAGUACGAGAUGUGUGAAUUGAAGAGGGACGAGAUUUGUGAAUUGAAACUAAACUGAAUUCAUAUAUGAGAUUAUUAUAGUGGUGUAGUGAUGUUAGCUUAGCUUUCUUAUUAUAUAUAAAAAUGCGUAGCUGUUAAUCUGUUAUGAACUACUAGCUACAGCGGUAACGAAUUCUUCUUGAUUUUGAUCUUGAAUUCUUAAUCCCUUUCUUUAUUUAAUUAUUUAUAUACUUUCUCUCCUGCUUGUUUAAAUUUUUUUGUAAUAUAGUUUCUGCAUUAUUGAAGAUAUGUUAUCUUCUUUUACAUUUAUUAUUUUUUUUUGUAUUACUUUUGCUAUCAGACAUUGAGACGUUUGGCUCAAAAUAGAGAGGCCGCAAGAAAAAUCCGUCUAAGGAAAAAGGUCAGGCUCAAGGGGUACAUGGAAAUGAGGGGUGCUGAUGGGGGAACUUCAGACAUGCUGUGUGCUCUGCCAGCAUUUUGGGUAGUUCUGCUACAUGACGAGGUUUCCCUACAUAAUGCUCUAGAUAUGAUUGUUCAUUGGACCCCCGAGGAGAGACAGAAUUUAAGGAACAUGGUUCCUAUGACUGGUUUAAGGACUCCAUUUCAAGGUAGAUUGGCUGCUCGUGCAUUGGCUAAUUUAGCUGCUCAUGGAGAUAGCAAUAGUAACAAUGCUGCUGUUGGACAAGAAGCAAGUGCUCUUGAGGAACUUGUUCAACUUACACGAUCUCCUCUCUCAUGUAAUUAUCAGGCAAGAAGCUGCUGGUGCCCUUUGGAGUUUGUCAUUUGAUGAUAGAAACAGGGAAGCCAUCGCAGCAGCUGGUGGAGUUCAGGCUUUGAUUAGCAAGGAACUUAAGGUGUGUCUGAAUAUUAAUCGAGGAAGCUAGAACGGUUGUCAGCCUGAACAAGCCUUUGGAGAAUUGCAUUACUAGAAAGGAGAAAAGGCAUGCAACUAUCAAUGGAGAUUUCAAAUAUCAAUGAUGGCUGUAAUGACAGAAUUAAUCUAGCAAUAUGAGAUUCCAGAUUUUAUGGGAACUCUCAACCUUCUUGGCCUCCUUGGUGGCUUCUUAGCUUAUGCUGGCAUUGAAAAUUUAUAUAAUGCUAUAAGAACAAUACAGUGAGUUUAUGUUUUGAAUUAUAGUUGGUGUAUCAACACAUUUUGUUAAUGUAUAGUUGUUAUUUAUUAUUAUAGUUGAUGUAUCAAUACACUUUGUUUAUUUUUUGAAUUAUA